AGAACAGACGAGACAAGGAAGACAGCAUGGCAUCUAAUUAUGCAAGACGAACUCUUGUAAGUUCCUCUGCAUCUGCAACAAGAAUCCUAAGCGGAUGUAGACCAUCAUCAUCUUGUGUUUCUGGAGCGGGUAAGGUUGGAGGAUUCACUCCUGCAAGGCCCACUUCUCGUGUUUCUCGACAUAAACUUUCCUUUUUCUCCAGGUUUCCAAUGGAGUUAGGUUGUGCACAAUCAUUGAUGCCGUUGCACAGUGUUACUGCUUCAGCAUUGCUCACCUCAAUGCUUUCUUUAAAGGGUGGAAAUUGGGGAUGGCUCUCCGAAGGAUUUGCAACGCCUCUAUAGCAGGGCCAAUGAAUUUGCCCACGUUGUCAUGUUGAAUAAUUCAUGUUGAGCUUCAAAGAAAGGUGAGCCAUGCGGUAGACAACCUUGACUAUCUUGAUCUUCUUCUGAUAUUUUGUUUUGGUAUUUCUU